CAUUUGAAUGGUAUAAAAAGGCUGCAGAAAAUAAUGAGCAAAGUAAUAUUAAUAAUAAGAGCCAAUAUUCAACUGGGACAUGCUUUUAUUUUGGACGUGGAACUGAGAAAGAUAUUAUAAAAACUAUUUACUAG